GCAGGCCUUUGUCGUCAGGGGGGCUAAUCGCUAUUACCCUUUGUCUCUUCUUUCGUUUUCAUUCAUCCGAUCACAUCAAAUUUUCUUUUUUCUUUUUCAAUUAAUUUUUGGUUGUGGCGAAAUUGCUAAUACCUCUAGCACUGCAAUCAUGGUUCCCCUUGAACCGUGGUGAACUUGGAAGAUUCCACAAACAAUAUUUGGUUUGGUUUCUCCAUGGCCACUGCUCCUUCUGCUUACCCAUUUGGAGUCCCUUACCACUCCCACGUUGGAACAGUGGAUUGCAUAACUUCCCAGUUUCCCCUUCACCUUCACCUUUCAACCACUCCCCUGUGCGCACGUUCUACUUCUAAGGGAUUAAUUGAUCGAGUAUGUGCACAACCUGAUGAUGGUUUCCACUGGGACGAAGUUCCAACACCCAUUCUUGACAUGGUUGAAAACCCUCUUUGCUUGAAGAACUUAUCUCUUAAGGAACUGAAACAACUAGCAGUUGAAAUCCGUUCGGAUUUGUUUUCGAUCAUGUCAGGUACACAAAUAUCACUGAAAGCAAGUAUGGCAGUGGUGGAGCUGACAGUUGCAAUACAUCACGUUUUUCAUGCUCCAGUAGACAAGAUAUUGUGGGAUGUUGGGGAUCAAACAUAUGUGCAUAAAAUUCUUACAGGAAGGCGAUCCCUCAUGAACACAAUGAGACAAAAGAAUGGCCUUUCUGGUUUUACUUCCCGAUUUGAGAGUGAAUAUGAUGCAUUUGGUGCUGGUCAUGGAUGCAACAGUAUUUCUGCUGGACUUGGCAUGGCAGUGGCACGGGAUAUUAAAGGGAGGCGAGAACGUGUCGUUGCAGUUAUCAGCAAUUGGACAACUAUGGCUGGUCAGGUGUACGAGGCAAUGAGCAAUGCAGGAUAUUUGGACUCAAAUAUGGUGGUGAUUUUGAAUGAUAGCCGUCACUCUUUACUACCAAAACUUGAAGAGGGUCCGAAGACAUCUGUCAGUGCCCUAUCUAGUACCCUGAGCAAGCUCCAGUCCAGUCAGUCUUUCCGAAGAUUUAGGGAAGCUGCUAAGGGUGUUACAAAACGAAUUGGGAGAGGUAUGCAUGAGUUGGCAGCUAAAGUUGAUGAAUAUGCUCGUGGUAUGAUGGGUCCACUUGGUUCUACACUUUUUGAAGAGCUUGGGUUGUAUUACAUAGGCCCUGUAGAUGGACACAAUAUUGAAGAUCUAAUAUGUGUUCUGCAAGAAGUUGCUUUGCUUGAUUCAAUGGGAUCUGUCUUGGUUCAUGUGAUAACUGAUGAAAAUCAAGCUAACAAAAAUAGUCAGAAAAAUGAUAUAACAGACAGGCAGCAGGAUGAUUCUGUUAAAUCUGAAUCCUUAGAUAAGGCUGCUCGAACUCAAACAUACGAUGAUUGCUUUGUGGAGACUUUGGUUGCAGAAGCUGAGAAGGACAAAGAUAUUGUGGUUGUUCAUGCAGGAAUAACGAUGGAGCCAUCACUUGAACUGUUUCGGCAAAAAUUUCCAGAUAGGUUUUUUGAUGUGGGAAUGGCUGAGCAACAUGCAGUCACAUUUUCUUCUGGCCUGUCAUGUGGUGGAUUGAAGCCAUUUUGCAUUAUACCUUCUUCCUUUCUACAAAGAGCCUAUGACCAGGUGGUACAUGACGUUGAUCAACAAAAAAUUCCAGUGCGUUUUGUCAUUACAAGUGCAGGAUUGGUAGGUUCUGAUGGUCCCCUCCAAUGUGGAGCAUUUGAUAUAACCUUUAUGUCAUGCUUACCAAACAUGAUUGUCAUGGCGCCUUCUGAUGAGGUUGAGCUCAUGCACAUGGUAGCUACUGCUACUUGUAUCAACGAUCGGCCAGUCUGCUUUCGGUAUCCAAGGGGUGUCCUGGUUGGGGAAGACCGCACUGUAGGUGAUGGAAUCCCCAUCAAGAUUGGAAGAGGAAGAGUUCUUAUUGAAGGUAAAGACGUUGCUUUACUAGGAUAUGGGACGAUGGUUCAGAACUGCCUUAAUGCUCAUUCACUUCUUGCUAAGCUUGGUGUUGAGGUGACCGUUGCUGAUGCAAGGUUCUGCAAGCCGCUUGACAUCAAGCUUCUGAGGCAGCUUUGUAAACACCAUUCUUUCCUAAUUACUGUUGAGGAAGGAUCUAUUGGAGGGUUUGGUUCCCAUGUUGCUCAGUUUAUUGCACUUGAUGGACUGCUAGAUGGAAGAAUUAAGUGGCGACCAAUUGUAUUACCAGACAGUUAUAUUCAGCAUGCAUCACCAAAUGAACAGCUUGACCAAGCAGGGUUGACUGGACAUCACAUUGCUGCCACAGCUUUGAGUUUGCUUGGCCGUACCCGUGAAGCUCUCCUAUUUAUGUGUCCCUAACUUGCAUAGGAGAAUCGAGAAUGCAAAGGGUUAUAUAACUUAUAUUAGGUUUAAUGAUAAUCUCUUUUUGUACUAUUGUACAGUUCAGCUUUACUUGUCCGGUCAUGAAUGCCAUUUUAUUUGUAUAGAACUGAUGCCAAUUAGAAAGAGAAGCUAGUAUUUACUGUGGUAGUCUAAUAAAUCAAAAUCUAUGAUC